AUGUGGAAUGUGCUUAGAGCGGAACAACUCACGUUAACGGAGCUCCUUCUGGAGUGCAGAAAACCGCCCUUGAAAGUUGAUGUAAUCGAUCUCACAUUACUUCUGAAAUCGAUGGGCCUUAAGCUAGAGUAUCUGGACUUUGAUGCAGACAAAUCUAGCACAGAAACGUUAACAGUCGAGAUUAGGUGCCAUAAAUCCGGCGUUCUGGCCAGAAUGAGUUACGAUUUGGUGGAUUGCUCUUGCCCGGUAAAAGACGAAAAAGAAACUUCUUUCUGGGAAGUCCAAGCCACCGGUCCGAGCGUAUUUUCCAAGCACAAGAAUAAUACAUCUUCAAAUUUACUACCGGAGAUUUCCGAAAACUGUUCAAUGGUAUCCAAGGCAAUGCUAUCUAAUUUACUGGAUUAUUACCGGACUAGUAUGAAAGCCAUUGAACAAGCCGAGGACGUCUUGCAAUCCCCCCUUAAGGUCACUUGGUCCAGUUUUUGGUCCCCUAGGUCACCAGUGGCAAAAGAAAAUAAAAAUAGAGUCACCACUCCACCAGCGGAAGGUAAAUUUAUGGCACGCAUUGAGUCUGUCGCCACCCCAGAUGGCGCAAAUGAGAACAAGACAUCCUCAAACUCGGAUAUAUCCAACUCAGUGGAAGAUUCAUCAUCAACAACAACAACAGAUACAUCCAAUAAUUCCGCGGAACAUGUGGGAAUCAAUAAUACUACAAAAGAACUGUCCAACAGUUAUUCUAGUGACAAACCAGUAAUAACAAUAGAACCGUUGCAUAACAAGAGUCACAAGAGUAAAAUGCCUGACGACAGUGCAUUCGCUAAUAGCGAGGCCAUAAAAGCUUUUAUCACUUCAAGUCCCAAUGAAAAAGGUCUAAAAUCUGGUUUCAACGCUGAGCAAAAUCACGAGAGGGAUCUGGUAACUGUCUGUCUUGAGCAAGCACGAAAGGAAAUUGAUAUAGCUCUUCGGGUCAUGAAACAUGUUUCUACCGUCACAACUACACCGCAGACUGUGGUACGCCGGAAAUUGGGCACGCCAUUGUUUGCGGAGCGCUCCAGUUCGUUGACUAACAUCAAUCGAAGAAUGUCACUUCCAGGACAUCCCUCGCCGCAACCAAAACUCCCCCAAAACUCCAGCGCGUCAAAAAAAUUUACCGCUGUCGCUUCGAAGCUUGCUUCUGUUACAUCCACUGGUCGCGGAGAUACACCUCGUCCAAUAACGGGCCAGAAGACGGCCACUGUGUUGCGUAAAACAAGUUCCAGCGCGUCUAUAUCUUCUGCAGGUAGCUCGGGUAGCACUGUCAAAACUGGCACCAAAAAGAAAGAAUCGAUUUUUGCAUCGUCUGGUGCCAUGGUACCCACACCAAGUUCAAUUGCCCAAAGUCAAUGUUCUGGCGCUUUGACCAAAAAGAAAGGAUCCUGGGAAUUCUUGGAAUUGGAUACGAAAAUAUCCGGUACCAAGGUACCCACACCAAGUUCAAAUAGACCCGACCCAGCAGCUCCGACCGUUAUUCGACGGAAAAUUGUUAAAAAAUAA